AUGCUCGGUCCAAUGAAUGCCUUGUUGCAAUUACAAUUACGAUUGGGACGAGUACCCUCCAACACUACAGCGACAUCGAGCCGGUUUCCUAGCGCGAUGAGGCUCCCAUUCGAGAUCCUCGUCCUCGCGUUCACCCAUAUCGCUUCUUCCGCGACCCUCAGCGCCCGCAGUGCAAGCUUUGAUAGUCUACUCGGCCUCACUACGCUCCCAUAUGACCAUUCGAGAGAAGAGACGGGGGAACAAGCCGAUAAAUACUUCCACGAAGCGACGUUUGACAGACACUAUGACGGGCGGUUUGCUGGAACAGAGCUCCCGUUGGAGACACGGACAUGGCAUUUACGAUUGCUUCUAAAGACUUAUAUCGAGACAAUGGAGCGGAUUGGCGUGCGGACAUGGAUCAUGCAUGGAUGUUUGCUGGGCUGGUUCUGGAACGGCAGGAUCAUGCCCUGGGAUAACGAUGUGGAUGUUAUGGUGGAAGAGAGAGGGAUACAAGAACUGGGUCAUUGGUGGAACAUGACCGUCCAUCACUUUUCCGGUCGCGACCUAGGUCUCCUGGAUGAGCCAGCAGAUGCACAACAAGAGGAGAGCGCGGAAGAGCUAGACAAAGGCCAGCUCAUCGCAGCAGAAGCCGCCAAAAUGAACAGAGCGACACUCAUACAACAAGUCGUCAAGGAAGGCAAAAAGUAUCUCCUGGAAGUCAACCCCCACUACACCAACACCUCGACAGUCGACAAAUACAACCAUAUUGACGCGCGUUGGAUCGACACUUCAACCGGCCUUUACAUUGACAUCACAGCCCUCCACCCUGCUCCUCCCAAACGCCCCUUGGCCGAUCCCCUCGACCCAGACGACAAUAACUCGGCCAAGCCGCCUCUCCAAUUCUUCUCCAAAGACAACCAUGCCUACACCUCCACGGACCUCUUCCCGCUCCGCCCCACCACCUUUGAAUCCAUAGCCGUCAAGAUCCCAUACGACUACAAUUCCAUCCUCAUCGAGGAAUACGGAACCAAAGCACUGACGCGCACAUGGUACCGAGCCAUGGGCGCAGACGGCUAUGGCUUCGACGGCCAGAAGAAGGAGUGGGUGAAGCAGGAAUUCCGCUUCAGCGACGAGGCCAAGGCGCUGCGGGAAGCGGAGGGAAGGGGCCUAUGGGGGUUACUGCGGUGGGCUGGAGGGAGGAGGGGAAAGGGCGGCAAGAGGAGGAAGGAGAAGACUGUGGAGGAUAUUCUGGAGGGGAGGGAGGGGGAGUUGAUUGAUGAAGAGGAGGAGGAGGAGGAGGAGGGGUUUGCGCAGUUUGGAGGGAUCUGA